AUGGGAAGCGGCGCAUCGGCACCUCAAGUUGGGGAGCUCAAGGGCAUUUCAACCAUUGCAAAGAGCGAUACAAAAAAGAAGUUUUCCGCUGCCUGUGAGGUGGACGGAAAAAUCUUCAUGGCCCCAUACAAUGCCAGGCAGAUGUGCGUUUAUGAUACGGCAACAGGAGAUGUUUUGAGCGUGGAGAUUUCGAUGGCGCUUGGAGACGCAACGGGGGCAGCUGGGAAGUUCAAUUCCAUCUGCCAAGCAGAUGGGAAAGUUUAUCUCCCACCUUGGAGCAGUGCCCAGAAAAUGUUCGUACAUGAUGUGGCCACCGGCCACAGUACUGCCAUCGAUAUUUCAGAAGCAGCACAUGCGCAGGAGCCCAAAAAGUUUAGCUGUAUCUGCACGGCUUGCGGAAAGGUUUACCUUGCUCCCUUCAAUGCUGGGAAAAUGUUGGAGUACGACCCGUGCACCAGCACGUGUACCGGCAUUGACGUGUCAGAUGCUGUUGGGUCGGCUGAGACGGGCAAGUUUUUUUCCAUGUGUGCGGCUGAUGGCAGGGUGUACCUUGCCCCGCACGAUGCUGAACAGAUGUUUGUCUAUGACGCUCGCACCGGCAAAGGCAAAGCUGUUGAUGUUUCAGCUGCAGUCGACUGUAGCCAGCCUAGCAAGUUUCGUGAAAUUGGUGCAUUUGGCGGUAAGCUCUACCUCGUUCCUCGGAAUGCGCCGCAGAUGUUCGUCUAUGACCCUAUCACGGGUUCUGGGACUGGUGUUGACAUUUCCGCUGCUGCGGGCUCUGUCCAGCAGGGCAAAUUCCGCUCUUUUUGUACCGUGGGCAACAAGAUCUAUCUCGCUCCGGGCUGCGCGCCACGUAUGUUUGUGUAUGACACGUCUACAUGCACAGGGACGGCGGUUGACAUCUCAGAUGCGGCGGACCCUUUUGCGAGCGCAAAGUUUCGAGCCAUGUGCGUAAGCGGCGGCAAGGUAUAUCUAGCUCCAUACAACGCAGGGAAGAUGUUUUUCUAUGACCCCGUCACAUGCAUGGGAGCUGGCAUUAAUCUUUCUGCCGUCAGCGAUCCUGAUCAAGAUGAAAAGUUUGAGUCUAUGUGUUCCUUCGAUGGAAAGAUAUAUCUUGUUCCUGCGGCUGCGGAGAAAUUGGUUGUUUUAAAAGAUUUUGCAGCUGACCACCGGAAAGAGGAGUCUGAAAAAGCCGGCAUUUCGGCUGCGUACGUCCUGGACCCCUUCCUCAGAUACAUCACUGCGACGGCCCCAAAGGGCCUAGGCUUUGGUGAUGCUGGGCCCUCAAAGAGUUUCGCAGAGAUCUCUGUGGUGAUGUUCGACAAGGAGACUGGGCUGGGAGCUAAGCUCUGUUGUCCCAGAGACAAUGGACAAGGUUGCGCUGGCGUGGACGCUGUGGAUCAGACGUACCGUGGGAGGGCCACUCACUUUGUGUCCUGGUGCUGGCGAUACACCCCCCAGCAUGUGAGUGGAGCUCUCAGGAACUGGUGCCGACAGUCAGAUGUGAAAGCUGAGAAUAUUUUUCUGUGGAUGUGCUUCUUCUGCAAUAAUCAGUACAGAAUUUCGGAUGCCAUCAGCACUGCGGAGCUUAAGACGAUAUUCGAGUCCAACCUUUCUUCCAUUGGCAAAAUGAUCAUUUUCUUGGAUGACUACCUGAAUCCAGUUUAUAUCCAUCGCCUUUGGUGUAUAUUCGAGACUUAUGUCUCAGUCGAGCAGGGUAUUGAACCAGAUGUCGUGCUCCCGGAUAGCGCAGCGACAGAGCUGACUGAUAAACUCCGCCAAGAGGACAAUGUCCUGGUAAUGCUGAAGAACAACUUCCAAAGCAUUAACGUGGCCAAUGCAAGUGCGACAGAACCCGGGGACGAAGAGGCCAUCAAGAAUCUGAUCAGGGAAAGCUUGGGCGGCUUCGAGAAGGUCAAUACCACAGUAAAAAAGCGUUUGUUGCCACACUUGACGCAGGUCGUCAAAGGCUUCUUGGAUUCGUACUUACUGGGUGAUGAGUAG